AUGUACGCGGUGCCGCCGACGGCAGCUGCGACGACGAUGCCGCCGGCCGUGACGCACGACGACCUGUCCCUGCGCAAGGCGCAGGAGCGGCGCGCCGCGCGGUCCGGCGGCCAGGUCGCCGUCUCCCUCGUCGCGCUCUCCGUGCUCUGCGGCCUCGUCGCCUUCAUCCUCUGCCUCGCCGCCGAAGGGUCGCGCUCAGAGGCACGUGUGUCGCACUACCUCAUGACCGUGGGCGGCAGCCCGGACCAGCUGGACGUGUGCGUCUACAGCAGCAGCGGCCACCUCGCGCUCGCGUACGCCGUCGGCGCCUUCAUCCUCCUCGCCGUCGCCAUGUUCGCGGAGCAUGCCUACAUGCUGGUCGCCGUCGCCGCCCCGAAGUCCGCCUCCGCCGGCAUGGCCGUCGCCCAGGACCACCCGCGCGUCGCGUCCACCGCCGCCGCGCUCACCUGGCAGACCGGCUGCCUCUUCUUCCUCACGUGGAUUUGCUUCGGGUUCGCCGAGGUGAUGCUCAUGAUCGGCAUCGCCGUGGAGUCCGGCCACAUGAGCGACUGGCGGAAGCCGCGGCCCGUGUGCCACCGGGUGCGCCCGGGGAUGUUCGCGGCGGCGGGGAUCCUGGGGCUCAUCACCGUCGUCGUCGGCUUCGUGGUCUACAUCACGGCCGUGCAGGCGCAGCGGCUGCGGGGACAGCAUCAGUACCAACACGGCGGCGGUCACUUCGUGGGCUACGGCACUCCCCACCCGGGCGCGCAGCACCAGCACCAGCACCUGCGCCCGCCAGUGCCGCACCCACACGGGCCACACCCUCAUCCGGUGCCGUCCGCGCCGGAGAUAACGGCGGCGCCGUGCCAGGUGCAACCCAGCCGUGCGUCUCUCAUCACCAAGGAGGCCGCCGACGUGUGA